GGUUAACAUAGGCAACAACCUUCCAAAAGCACUUAUAAAGUGAUUAAUUAUGAUACGUGGAAGUAUUUAUUCGCAAUCGGAAGGCACGACUCGUAAAGGGAGUCAAAUAUUAGGAGCGGACGAUGCUCGUAACACAGCUGUCUCCGUAGCAGUCGAGGUCUCAGCAAAAGUGGCUGAAAACAGAAAACGUUUGAAGCAAGGCAAGUCGGCCAAGGACAACGUAGCGGAUUUAAAAGAAGAAUUAAAUAUGGAUGAACAUUUAGUCCCUCUGGAGGAACUUUACUCUCGUUAUAAUACCAACGUUGAAACUGGAUUGCCAUCUGCGAUCGCUGAGAAGAUGGCUGAUGAAAAACCUAACCGACUUACUCCUCAGAAACAAACUCCUGCCGUUAUUAAGUUUUUACUUACUUUGUUUGGAGGCUUUUCAAUGCUUCUGUGGAUUGGCGGAGUGUUAGCCAUUAUUGCCUAUAUCAUCGAUUACUCUCGCGAUAGCGGUGCCCCUAGAGACAACCUCUACUUGGGAGUUGUUUUGAUUGCAGUGGUCUGCAUCACCUCUAUCUUCUCUUACUACCAGGAGGCGAAGUCGGAUGCCGUCAUGAAAGGCUUUUUGAAGAUGCAACCACAACGGUCGCACGUCUUGAGGGAUGGCAAGUGGUCUGAGGUGGAUGCGGAUUUUUUAGUGGUCGGCGACAUAAUUACCGUGACUUAUGGUAAUGUAGUCCCCGCGGACAUCCGUAUCAUCACUGCCUCCAGCUUUAAAGUGGACAACUCUUCUUUGACUGGGGAGGCGGAGGCACUCAGCCGGUCCCCAGAGUGCACAGACGACAACCCAAUGGAAACUAAGAAUCUUGCUUUUUAUUCAACCAAUGCUGUUGAAGGCACGUGUACUGCAAUUGUGCUUCGAACGGGAGACGACACGUUUAUAGGGAAAAUUGCCCGUUUAGUAGGAAAGACAAAGAAAAAAGAAACGCCCAUCCGCAAGGAAAUUCGGCACUUUAUCCACCUCAUUACCGGGCUCGCCUUGUUCCUGGGCGCCAUCUUCUUCACUCUGGCCAUGACCGUUCAGAAGCAACAGUUUUUGCAGGCCCUCGUGUUUUUAAUUGGUAUCAUUGUGGCCAAUGUCCCGGAAGGUCUCCUCGCCACGGUCACGGUCUCACUGACUUUAACUGCAAGAAAAAUGGCGAAGAACAAUGUGAUUGUAAAGAACUUGGAGGCCGUCGAAACUUUAGGCUCCACCUCGUGUAUCUGCUCCGAUAAGACUGGAACACUGACUCAGAAUCGCAUGACCGUCAACCAUCUUUGGUACGAUCUUCGAGUCUGGGCAGUGGAUCCGGCCGUUGAAGACUGUUUUCAAAAGGAACAUAAUUCCUUUAAAAUGCUGUACAGCAUAGCCACGCUGAACUCACGAGCUACUUUUGAGGAGACAGACCAGAGUAAGCCCCUUAGCGAGUGGAGGACGAGCGGCGAUGCCUCUGAAUCUGCUCUGAUUAAGUUUUGCCAGCAAAUUCGGCCCAUCUCCGACGCCAGAAAAGACAACCCUAAAGUUGCAGAGAUCCCCUUUAAUUCUACUAAUAAAUAUGCCGUGACGGUGUGCGAGCAGCGAGAUGAGGGCGGGCGGUUUGUUGUCUACAUGAAGGGAGCUCCGGAACGCGUCCUUGCCCGCUGCAGUAAAAUACUCGUGUGUGAUGAGGAGGCGCCGCUCGAUGAUACCUACAAAGAACAUUUUGAAAAAGCUUACAAAGAAUUGGGUGGCCUUGGCGAAAGAGUGCUGGGCUUUGCAUAUCACAACCUGGACACAAGUCACUAUCCUCCGGGCUUUCAGUUUGACUCCGAGAAACCCAACUUUCCCUGCGAGGGUUUGGUUUUUGCCGGGCUAUAUGCCUUGAUCGACCCACCCAGGCCAGCCGUCCCGUCCUCUGUCAAGGCGUGUCAGAGUGCUGGCAUACGUGUUAUUAUGGUUACUGGCGAUCAUCCUCUCACCGCUAAGGCGAUAGCCCGAUCCGUAAAUAUUAUUCGAGAUGAAACCGUCGACGAGUUAGCCGCACGAAAAGGCAUAUCGGAGAGCCAGGUGGAACCAGGCGAGGCCAAGGCCAUAGUGGUAAGCGGGCAGAAGCUUAAGGAAAUGGAUGAGGAAGAGGUGCAGAAUAUUAUACGGGAUUACGACCAGAUUGUGUUUGCAAGGACUUCGCCACAACAGAAGUUGGUCAUUGUAGAAGCGGUCCAGAACGUUGGCAACGUAGUUGCUGUGACCGGUGACGGUGUCAACGAUUCUCCCGCUCUGCGCCAGGCCGACAUCGGCGUUGCUAUGGGGAUUGCCGGUACAGAUGUAUCCAAGUCAGCGGCAGAUAUGAUCCUGUUGGACGAUGAUUUUUCUUCCAUAGUUAAAGGUGUAGAAGAAGGCCGGCUUAUAUUUGACAACAUUAAGAAAUCCAUCGCAUACACAUUGACCUCGAAUAUUCCUGAGCUGACGCCUUUUUUGGUUAAUGUGUUACUUAAUAUACCACUGCCUUUGAGCACAAUAAUGAUUCUCUGCAUCGACCUUGGUACUGACAUGUACCCCGCCAUAUCUCUGGCCUACGAAAGCGCUGAGUCAGAUAUAAUGAAGCGGAGGCCGCGGGAUUCCAAGAAGGACAAACUCGUGAAUAACAAGUUAUUGCAAAUCACUUACCUCCAAAUUGGGGUGCUCCAGGCGUGUGCUGGCUUUUUUAACUACCUCAUUGUGAUGGGCGACCACGGCUUUUUACCGAAGCAUCUGAAAGGCCUGAGAGAACAGUGGGAUAACAGAAAUAUCAAUAACCUGAGGGAUUCUUAUGGCCAAGAGUGGACCUACGAAAGUCGCAAGAAUCUCGAAUCGAUGGCUCAGACUGCUUUCUUGCUUGCUAUUGUUCAGGUGCAAUGGGCAGACCUUAUUAUUUGUAAAACACGGAUGUUGUCGAUCCUUCACCAGGGCAUGAGAAACAAACAUCUGAUUAUAGCCUUAAUCUUUGAAACAACUUUGAUUAUCCUGCUCACUUAUGCACCCGGGAUGUCUGUUGCUUUUCGAACUUACUCCCUUAAACCCAUUUACUGGGUAUCGGCCCUCCCGUUCGCCUGCUUAAUACUGCUGUUUGACGAGAUGCGCAAGCUAAUCAUUAGAAAAUACCCGCAGGGUUGGGUCCGUCGUAAUCUUUACUAUUAGGAUUUCUGAAUAAACUCUU